AUGAAACCUCCAACUUUUUUGGAAUGGAUCCCUUUAAAAAAACUAUAUAAAUAUUUAGAUAAACUUUAUAAUCAGCUGUUUGGAUGGACAUGGGAUCAUCGAAAUCAAGAAUAUAGGAGAUCUAAAGUUCAAGUUCUUGUCGAAGUGAGACAAAUUAAUGAAAUUUUAAAUGAGAUUGUCGCUUAA